AUGGGUGAUGCCACGUCUCGGUCGUCUAGCGAGGCCCCAGAUGCGGCGGACCAGCGCUUUCCCCAGGCUCGCGUCGUCGAAAGCUUUCAGCCCAAUGUCUUGAAGCAUCUUCGUUCCAUCUAUGACGCACAUGCAGGAUCCGACAAAGUCUGGACAGCUUCACAAACAAGUCAAUUUAUCCGGGAUGUCCAGAAGCACGACCAAAUCUUUGACGAUGAGGCCGAUAUGCCCUCGCUGGAUCUCGCCACUUUUCUCGACUACAUGGCCUCAUCUGACGCCGCAGCCAUUCUCCCUCGCGAUGACGAAGACUUGUCUUGGCCAUUGUCGGCAUACUUUAUUUCGUCUAGUCACAAUACAUAUCUCACCGGCAAUCAACUGUACAGCGACAGCACAACGGAAGCCUAUGCUAAUGUACUGCGACGCGGCUGCCGCUGCGUCGAAAUCGAUGUAUGGGAUGGCACAGGCAGCGACGCUGAGAGCUCAGAGAGCGACUCUGAUGAUGAGGAUACCGUCAAAGCGGACAAAAAGGACAGCCACAGCACGUUGGACAGGUUCGCCAAGCUGAAAUCUCGCGUACCAGAAUCCGUCGUCUCGCGGCUCAGCAAGACCGGGGCGCUGCGGCGGAAGCUUGAGCGUACCACAAGCCACCGUGCCGCCGAUACUGACAACCACUCGCCAACUCGGCUGCAUUCCAGCUCACAGUCCUCCCUUGCGAAUGAACCUCGCGUCCUGCACGGCUACACACUCACCAAAGAGGUGUCGUUUCGCGACGUGUGCGCCACCAUUCGGAAGCAUGCUUUCGAGGCCAGCGACUUGCCCCUCAUCAUCAGCCUCGAGGUGCACUGCAACCCCGAGCAGCAAGCUGUCAUGGUCGAUAUCAUGAAAGAGGCCUGGGGCGACGUUGCCGUGGUCGCGCCGCCAGAAGACCAGGUGCCAGCAAUCCUGCCUAGCCCGGACGCCCUGCGCGGCAGAAUUCUCGUCAAGGUCAAGUACGCACCGCCAGAUAAGAGCCCUGGCGAGGGAAGUGAGGAGGAAGUUGGCGACCUCGGCCGCACGGACAGCGAUUUACCUGUCAAAGCGGCAGAGAAGAAGAAGCCGUCCAAGAUUAUACGCGCGCUAUCUGAUCUUGGCAUCUACACGCGCGCCGUUAGCUUCAAGUCGUGGGCGCAACCUGAAGCUACCAUGCCCGCCCACAUAUUCUCGCUGUCGGAGAAGAAGUUUACUACGCAUCAUGCGGAGAAUAGUGGCAAACUUUUCGAGCACAAUCGAGACUAUAUGCUGCGGGCGUAUCCCUCUGGCUUCCGCGUUGGGAGUUCGAAUCUCAAUCCUCCGCCGUUUUGGGGCGCCGGCGCGCAAAUUGUCGCUCUCAACUGGCAGCAGACGGACGAGGGGAUGAUGCUCAACCAGGGCAUGUUUGGAGGCACAAAAGGCUAUAUCCUAAAACCACAAGGCUACCGCCCGAAUAUUCCUACCAAAUCAACUCCAAAUACCAUUAUUCGCAAAACUCUCUCUCUAUCCGUUACCUUUUUGGCCGCCCAGUCCAUUCCUUCGCCAGAUGGCGACACCUCUGACAGCGGCUUCCACCCCUACGUCAAAAUGGAGCUGCACGUUGACGGCAACCCCAGUCAUGACCUCGCCUCGCUCAACCAGCGGGGGCUCGCGAACCAGGGCCACGAACGUGAUGGUGACUACAAGGCACACACCAAGUCGCACCGGGGCGGCGCGGAUGUGGACUUUCGCGGUCAAGUGCUUUCGUUUCAGGGAAUCACGGGCGUUGUGGAGGAGCUCACAUUUGUCCGGUUCAAAGUCUGUGAUGAUGAGAUUGGAAAAGAUGACCUGGCGGCGUGGGCGUGCGUGCGGCUGGAUCGCCUGGCCAGUGGGUACCGCUUCAUCCACCUCUGGGACUGCAAGAGCCGAUACACCAAAGGCGUGAUCCUGGUCAAGGUAGACAAGCAUGUAUCCUAG